AUGGAUGUUGUUUUAUUCACCUUGAUCUUCUUGGUCACAAAAUUUGCUAUACCUGAAGACUAUAAAGUCCUAAUUCUUGGGUGGAUUUGUGUCGCUGUUUCAGUGAUUGGGUUUGCAGCACCUCUAAUGAUUGUGGUACGAGUUGUUAAAACAAGAAUUAUAUGGUUUGGGCAUGGUUUCUUUAAACAUGAUGUGUGCAUUUAUCUUCCCAAUGUGGUUGGCUUUUUAUUGGGGAUAAUUCGCAUGGUGUUAUAUGCUUAUUACUCAAAAUAUGGUGGUAAAAAUGAUGAUAAGCAAGAUCAAGGGAUAAGUAUUGUUGUUGUCAAUCCAUUAGAUGAAAAUGAUGAUAUUAUUGAGGAAGUGAAUAGUCAACAACUUCAAGUGAAGAAGCAUGGUUUAGAAGAUGAAAACGAGAAGCAAGAGAAAAAUGUGGAAGCUAUAUAG